AUGGGCAAGAGCCCCCAGCCCCACUCCCCAGGGGGCUUGGCUGUGGACCACCCCAGCAGGUUCCUGGCUCAGGGUGACAUGGGGCAUCCUGGCCGGGAUGGGUGCUGCCAGGGAGUGGGGCUGGAAUCCCCCACGCAGGAGGACCCUGCGGCGCUGGAGGAAGUCUUCGAGAAAGUGAUCCUGGAGUCUGGGAGAGCUCCCAAAGACAAUAAGCUCCUUGCCCAGAGGAUCCACUCGCUGUCGACCCUGGGUGCCAGCCCGGUCCUGAAGAGCAUCUCCCACUCCUGGGAGUUCAAUGGCUGCAGGGAGACCAAGGACAAGGAGGGGUUUGUCUUCAAGAAGCCGCAGAGGCCAGACCAGCGCAGCCAGCUGCCCACCGGCAAUGGGGCUGCACGGAGGGAGCCCUUCACCCGGAGACUCAGCUCUGUGCCUGCCCUGCUGUUUGACACCCCUGAGAAGGAAAAUGUCCCCGAGGGCGAGAGCCCUGUCAAACAAGGAGCACUGGUGCAGUAUGAGGAGGAGGAUGAUGGCUUUAUGGAGAUCCUGGAUGAGGAGGAGAUGAAGAGCGAUACCAACAUGCCGCAGGGGAUGGAGAACCUGCUGACUGCGCCGCUGGUGAGGAAGAAGGAGGCAGAGCUGUGUGCCGCCAAGCGCAGCAAGUGCCGGCAGCUCUUCCGCUCGCCCUCGAUGCCCAGCAGCGUCGUCAGGCCCAUCCUGAAGCGGAUAGACCGGCCCCUGGACCAGGACACCCCUGUCAAAACCAAGCGGCGGAGGAGCGGGGCUGGUACCCCUGGCGAGGAGGUGGUGGCGGAGCCGGUGAGUGUGCGUCUGCAGCGCUCCAAGUCCUUCUGCCACGAGGACAUCGAGAACCUGCUGGACAAUGAUGACCAGGACCUCAUCGGGGACUUCUCCAAGGCUUACCUCCUGCAGACGGUACAGGGCAAGCACCAGGACCUGAAGUACAUUUCCCCGGAAAUGAUGGUGGCAGUGCUGACGGGGCAGUUCAGCAGCCUCAUCGAGAGCUGCGUGAUUGUGGACUGCAGGUACCCCUAUGAGUACGAGGGAGGCCACAUCAAGGGUGCCAUCAACCUGCCGAUGGAGCAGGAUGUGGAGGAGUACCUGCUGAAGAAGCCCAUCGUACCUUUCGAUGCCAGCAAGAGGGUGAUUGUCAUCUUCCACUGCGAGUUCUCCUCUGAGAGAGGGCCCAGGAUGUGCCGGUUCGUCAGGGAGAAGGACCGAGCCUGUAAUGAGUACCCCCACCUCCACUACCCCGAGCUCUACAUUUUGAAGGGGGGGUACCGGGAGUUCUUCCCUCAGUACCAGACACACUGUGAGCCCCAGGACUAUCGCCCCAUGCACCAUGAGGACUUCAAGGAGGACCUGCGCAAGUUCCGCCUGAAGAGCCGCACCUGGGCGGGCGAGCGUAGCAAGAGAGAGCUCUACAGCCGCCUCAAGGACUUCUGA